AUGCAGAUUCAGAACUUGAUUGCCGCCCUUGCGGGCAUGGCCGUCGUCGCCGAGGCCUCCGUCACCUUCCUCGACUCUCCUUUGAGCGCCGCGUUGGCUAAGCGCCAGAACAAAGGUGGAAACAACAACAACAACAACAACAACAACAACAACAACAACAACAACAACAACAAGAACAAUGGUGGAAACAACCAGCUCUGCCUGAACCCGAACAACGUUCAGAAGGGUUCCCAGCAGGCCGGAACGCCCAAGCAGGGACAAGCCAACUCCGCGGUUGACCAAGCCAACUUCAUCAACUUCUGUACCGGCCAGCAGCUCACCAACGGUGAGCAGAAGACUGCGGGUUCUUGCAACGGUGUCGUCAUGGGCAAGAUCCCCUCCCAGAACAACAUGGUCUCUACCAUUAUCAAGAACCCCCCUCCCGGCGGCAACCUCCAGGCCAACCAGCAGUUCAAUGUCCAGCUCAAGGUCAACAACCUGCAGGCCGGCUCCUUCACCGACGCCCAGUCCACCUACUACUCGGCUCCCCAGGACACCAACGGCGCCGGAAACAUCAUUGGUCACGUCCACGUCACCAUCCAGGACAUGGGUAACUCCUUGACCCCGCAGAACGCUCUGGACCCCAAGCAGUUCGUCUUCUUCAAGGGUAUCGAUGACGCCGGUGACGGAAAAGGCAACCUCCAAGCCACUGUUACUGGUGGUCUCCCGGCCGGAAACUACCGUGUCUGCACCAUGUCCAGUGCUUCCAACCAUCAGCCCGUCCUGAUGCCCGUCGCCCAGCGUGGUGCCCAGGAUGACUGCAACAAGUUCACUGUCGGAGGCAACGGAGGCAACGGAGGCAACGGAGGCAACGGAGGCAACGGAGGCAACGGAGGCAACGGAGGCAACGGCGGCAACGGCGGCAAAAACGCCGCCGUCAACAGCGGCAACGCCGACAACGGUGGCAACAACGACGGUGGUGGUGGCGGCAACGACGGUGGCAACAACAGCGCUAACAACAGCGGCAGCGGCAACAAACAAGGUGGUAAGCAACAGAACGGAGCAAGCACUGGAGGAUUCCCUGGCACAUCUAACCAAUUCCCCGGGAAAACAGGCACUGGAUCAGGAGCCCAGACUGGAAAUGCUAACACUAAGACCCAGGCGGGGGGAAGCGCCAGUAAUUCGGCUACCAACGGAAACUCUGGAACCGGCGGCAAGGGAGGCGCGACGGCGAACGCCAUCGGCGGAAUUCAGGCCCCGGCGGUCACGAACUCUGGCGAUAGCAGCCGACCCUUCGCCGUCAAUGGCAACACAUUCGUGAACAAGGCCGCAGCGGUCCAGCGUGCCUGCGACAUUCAACGGAACGGAUGCUUCGAUGCCAUCAACCGCGGAAAACUGACGGGAUCCACUGCCGACUGCGACGCCCAGCUCCAGACCUGCACCCAGCAGCUCUCAUAG